AGCAAGCAGAGCUCCACAGCAACCACAGCUGGCAACAUCUCCCCCUCUCGUCUGCUCUGCUCUGCCGGCUCUGUGGAGAUACCACCAGCACACUGGAUACCUUUGCUCCCCUGAUCAUGUGCAGAGGACUAGAUGCACUGCCCCUCACCUGUCUUGAAAGGGCGAAGCAACUGAAAGCUCUGUUCAGUGGCUUGAGGCUCAGGCAGGACCACACCGGCAUCAUGGGACACUCGAACAAAGCCAACACGCAAAGGUUGAACAGGAACGAGCCCUUGAAUUGGAGCCGGUCCUUCGAGGACCUUCUGUCCAGCCCAAAUGGACUGUGUUUGUUCAGAGCCUUCCUGCACUCCGAGUUCAGUGAGGAGAAUAUAGCUUUCUACCUGGCCUGUGAGGACUACCGAGCCACCAACACCUCCCAGCUGCCGGCUAAGGCCCAGAAGAUCUACCAGGAGUUCAUCAGCGCUGACGCACCCAGAGAGGUGAACCUGGACCACGCGACCAAGGCGCUGACCCGCGACGGGCUGGGGCAGGCGGGCCCCGCCACCUUCGACCUGGCCCAGGCCAAGAUCCACGGCCUGAUGCAGAGGGACUCCUACCCCCGCUUCCUCAAGAGCCCCGCCUACCUGGAGCUGGUCGGGACCGCCAAGUCCCGCUAAACAGACCGCCAGGACCCGCUAAACAGACCGCCAGGACCCGCUAAACAGACCGCCAGGACCCGCUAAACAGACCGCCAGGACCCGCUAAACAGACCGCCAGGACCCGCUAAACAGACCGUCAGAGGGGCCCUCGUCUCAGAGGGGCCCUCGUCUCAGAGGGGCCCUCGUCUCAGAGGGGCCCUCGUCUCAGAGGGGCCCUCGUCUCUGAGGGGCCCUCGUCUCAGAGGGGCCCUCGUCUCUGAGGGGCCCUCGUCUCAGAGGGGCCCUCGUCUCAGAGGGGCCCUCGUCUCAGAGGGGCCCUCGUCUCUGAGGGGCCCUCGUCUCAGAGGGGCCCCCACUCAUCCAGGAAGGGGGGCUGCUGGACGGGGGGCACAUGAGACUCUAGACCUCUGGAGGAACCGGCGUUCCAGAACGACGUUACCACUGAACUGAUUUAUUUAUUGCGUGUUCAGUGAACUCAUUGGAUAUGAGCCGCGUGUGUGAAGGGCUGAGUACCAAAGCCACCUCAGUCGAAGCGAAGCGCAGGCCCAGUGUACUAUUGGAUGAUUUACCACUGAACUGAUUUAUUUAUUAAAGGAUAUAUGAAGGAUUGUUUGCAAUUGCCAGUUCAGCUCAACUAAAGCUUUUACCAGAUUCUGGAAUAAUUUACAACUGAAUGUAUUUAUUGAACUGUACAACGAGCAGAAUGUCAAAUUAAAGCUUUUACCGUUAGAAGCACUACCUUUUGAAAAGGAAUAUUUAUUAUUUGUUAUUAUUUAUUAAUAUUAUUAUAUUUAUAUAUUAUUAAAUAUAUAUUUUUACAACACUAUUUAAAUGUUUGCUGUUUCAAAUGAAAAUAAUGUUCAUCACUAUUUGAUAUUUUUUUACUCGAAAUGCUGGAUGCAAAAAUUUGCUGAAUAAAAAUCCUUACUGUGUUCGGAAAA